ACGCUGAUCUGCCGGCAUUGAUGUUAGUCGUAAGCUCCAGACAUCUUCUUCUUCUUCUACGUAGACUUGACUUCUGAGAAAUCUUACAUCCAUCCGAUCUAUUACAUAAGAAGAAGAAGAAGAUGGAGAUUAAGAAGAUUUCCUAUUAGCUGCUUUUCUCAUUAUAUUCUUUUCUAGGGUUCUAGCGUUGUCUAUACGCCAAAUUCAUCACACAAGCAGCAGCUAUGGCGAGGAGUAGAUCCUCAACCACCAUCUGGAGAUACGUCAAUCCGGCGUAUUAUCUCAAACGACCCAAGCGUUUGGCGUUGUUAUUCAUAGCCUUUGUCUGUGUCACAUUGUUCAUUUGGGAUCGCCAAACGCUUGUUAAAGAGCACGAGGAAGAGAUUGCUAAGUUGACUGGAGAAGUACUCAAGUUACAAAUUAUGAUGGAUGAUUUAAAUAAUGUAAGAAAUUCUGAUGCAAAGGAAGUUAAUAGCGAAAACGGACAUCCUAAGACAAAAGAGGUUCCAGAAGAUCCAAUAUCUAUUGAACGGAAAGAAAAAGUAAAAGAUGCCAUGCGUCAUGCUUGGAGUUCGUACGAAAAAUAUGCAUGGGCCCAAGAUGAGCUUCAGCCUCAGACAAAGAACGGUGUUAACAGCUUUGGUGGUCUUGGAGCAACUCUAAUAGACUCUCUUGAUACAUUAUAUAUAAUGGGCCUAGAUGAGGAGUUCCAAAGAGCGAGAGAGUGGGUUGCAAACACAUUGGAUUUCAACAAGAAUUAUGAUGCUAGUGUUUUUGAGACGACCAUAAGAGUGGUUGGUGGACUCUUAAGUGCAUAUGAUCUCUCAUCAGACAAAAUGUUUCUGGACAAAGCUAAAGACAUUGCAGAUAGGUUAUUGCCAGCAUGGGAUACUCCAUCUGGCAUACCUUAUAAUACAAUCAACUUAGCAAAUGGAAAUCCACACAAUCCUGGAUGGACUGGGGGUGACAGUAUCCUAGCAGAUUCCGGCACAGAGCAGUUGGAAUUUAUUGCUCUUUCACAAAGAACGGGGGAUCUAAAAUAUCAAAAGAAGGUGGAGAAUGUUAUUGAACAACUUAAUAAAACCUUUCCAGCUGAUGGGUUGCUUCCCAUAUAUAUUAAUCCUUUGAGUGGUACAUCAUCUUAUUCAACAAUUACAUUUGGAGCCAUGGGGGACAGCUUUUAUGAAUACUUACUCAAGGCGUGGAUACAAGGGAAUCAAACUACUGCUGUGAGCCAUUAUAGGGAAAUGUGGGAGAAAUCAAUGAAAGGUCUGUUAACUUUGGUUAGAAAAACUACGCCUUCAUCUUUUACCUAUAUCUGUGAGAAGAAUGGGGAUUCACUCAAGGACAAGAUGGAUGAACUAGCUUGCUUUGCACCAGGAAUGUUAGCAUUAGGAUCAUUUGGUUAUGGUCCGGAGGAAUCUAAGAAGUUUCUCACUCUUGCUGAAGAGCUUGCCUGGACAUGCUAUAACUUCUACCAGUCAACUCCGACUAAAUUGGCUGGAGAGAACUAUUUCUUUCACGCAGGGCAGGAUAUGAGUGUGGGUACAUCAUGGAAUAUCUUGAGGCCAGAAACUGUGGAGUCUCUCUUUUAUCUCUGGCGUUUGACUGGAAAUAAAACCUACCAAGAAUGGGGCUGGAAUAUAUUCCAAGCAUUCGAGAAGAAUUCGCGUAUUGAAUCAGGCUAUGUCGGAUUGAAAGAUGUUAAUACUGGGAUUAAAGACAACAUGAUGCAGAGUUUUUUCCUUGCGGAAACACUGAAAUAUUUGUAUCUCCUUUUCUCACCGUCUUCGGUGAUUCCACUAGAUGAGUGGGUUUUCAACACGGAGGCUCAUCCUCUGAAAAUUGUUACUCGUGGCGAUCCAUUGAAGAAAAAAAUUGUAGACAGAUUUUCUAGCAGGCGGACUAGAAAAGAGGGUCGAUUUGGUAAUUAACGUUAAGCAACCUUUGCCAGCCAAGUCAUUGAGGUUGGUCACUUAUGAUUAUUGAUAAUAAUAAUAAUAAAAAGUGCCUGAGACAGAUUAUAAUUUAAUUUAGGUUAGCAUUAAAACAAUUUGCAUGUAUUUGUAACAUAUAUAGUAUGGAUUAAGAAAAGGUCACUCCAUAAAUCAUUUUUGAGGCCUUUAUGUAUUCAAAGGAGGGUCAUUAAUAUCUUCUAUAUUUUUUGUUCAACUCUU